ACACACACAGAGGCCAGACACUGAGUUACUUGACCACGUGAAAAUACAGAACCGGACCGAGACCACCACCCGGAAAGACGAGCACAUUUCCUUGAGGAACUUUUGGCAGAAACGUAAGGCGUGCUCGAUAAAACUCUGGACCUCCCUCAUCUGCUCCAGAACAGAAAACCUGUCGAGUCAGGGAUCAGCUGCAGUUGAAGGCUGAUUCUCUUCCUGGAACAAAUCAUAUUCUCUACAGUUUGAUGAUGGGUGGAAACAACAGUCGUUCCUCAAUGAGAGGUGAAAUGGCGCGGAAAGUAAUUCAGCUGGAGCGGAAAACCUUCUCUUGUUCCAUCUGUCUGGAUCUACUGAAGGAUCCGGUGACUAUUCACUGUGGACACAGCUACUGUAUGAGAUGUAUUAAAACCCACUGGGACAUAGAGGAUGAGAAGAAGAUCUACAGCUGCCCUCAGUGUAUACAGACAUUCAGAAAGAGGCAUGUCCUGGUGAAAAACAUCAUGUUGGCUGAUUUAGUGGAGCAGCUGAAGAAAACUGCACUCCAAGCUGCUCCUGCUGAUCACUGCUACGCUGGAGCUGAAGAUGUGGCCUGUGAUGUUUGUAUUGGGAGAAAACGGAAAGCCGUCAAAUCCUGUUUGGUUUGUUUGGCCUCUUAUUGUGAGAAACACCUCCAGCCUCAUUAUAAAUCCUUGACCUUUGAGAAGCACAAGCUGGUGGACCCCACCAAGAAGCUCCAGGAGAGCAUCUGCUCUCGUCACGAUGAGGUGAUGAAGAUGUUCUGCCGCACUGAUCAGCAGUGUAUCUGUUAUCUCUGCUCUGUGGAAGAACAUAAAGGCUACGACACAGUCUCAGCUGCAGCAGAAAGGACCGAGAGGCAGAGAGAGCUCGAGCUGAGUCGACAACAAAUCCAGCAGAGAGUCCAGGACAGAGAGAAAGAUGUGAAGCUGCUUCAACAGGAGCUGGAGGCUGUCAAUGGCUCUGCUGACAAAGCAGUGGAGGACAGUGAGAAGAUCUUCACUAAGCUGAUCCGUCUGGUGGAGAAAAGAAGCUCUGGCGUGAAGCAGCAGAUCAGAUCCCAGCAGGAAACUGAAGUGAGUCGAGUCAAAGAUCUUCGGGAGAAGCUGGAGCAGGAGAUCACUGAGCUGAAGAGGAAAGACGCUGAACUGAAGCAGCUCUCACACACAGAGGAUCACAACCAGUUUCUACACAACUACCCCUCAUUGACACCACUCAGUCCGUCUACACACUCAUCCAGCAUCGACAUCCGUCCUCUCAGGUACUUUGAGGCUGUGACAGAUGCUGUGUCAGAGGUCAGAGGUCGACUACAGGACGUCCUGACUGAGUCAGAGACAAACAUCUCACUGACAGUGACUCAAGUGGAUGUUUUACUGUCACAACCAGAGCCCAAGACCAGAGAGGAAUUCUUAACAUAUUCACAGGAAAUCACACUGGAUCCAAACACAGCAAACAAACGUCUGUUAUUAUCUAAAGGAAACAGAAAAGUAACAAGAAUGAGAGAACAGUUACAUUCUAGUCACCCAGACAGAUUCACUUAUUGGUCUCAGGUCCUGAGUAAAAAGAGUCUGACUGGACGUUGUUACUGGGAGGUGAAGUGGAGAGGACGAGUUGAUGUAGCAGUCACAUACAAGAAUAUCAUCAGAGCAGGGAACUCAGAUGAAUGUGCAUUUGGAUGUAAUGACAAAUCUUGGGCGUUAUAUUGUCUUGGAAACAGUUAUAAGUUUUCUUACAACAGUAUCGACACUCCAGUCUCAGGUCCUCGAUCCUCCAGAGUCGGAGUGUACCUGGAUCACAGUGCAGGUGUUCUGUCCUUCUACAGCGUCUCUGACACCAUGACUCUCCUCCACAGAGUCCAGACCACAUUCACUCAGCCGCUCUGUGCUGGAGCUGGGAUUUAUAGAGAUGGAUCCACAGCUGAGUUCUGUAAACUAAAAUAGACUUGAAUCAUUUAAAGAGCAGUCACCUCAACUGACUUUUCUCCACAUGAGAGUUUUAUACAAAUCUUAAUGUGACUCAAGCUUCAAAGAGUUUUUCUCUUGUUGAUGCUUUUAUGUGUAAAACUGUUUGGACACUGGAUCAAUAAAACAGAUCAUUGAUGUGAUGAGAGCUGAACACUAAAGUGUAGUUCUACUAGUUGGUGUGUGACGCUGCAAUUCUUUUAACUUUGCUCAACAGUUUUUUUUGCUUUGCGAUUUUCUGAAUGAUGUUGGGUCAAAACAUCUUUCUAUUCUGCAGCUACAAUAUAAAUGUUCCAGAUGUCUCAGGUGUUGGACAAUUUGUCUCCAAGGUUCAAACAAAACAGUGAGAAUCAAGGUUCUCUCUUUCUGCACCCCACAUUACUGUAUAGUUCUGCCUUCUGUUGAAUUACAUCUGUGGUUUAUAUAUAUAUAUAUUCAAUUUGUUAUGUAAUGAAUCUCACUGCAUUAAUCUUAUCUGUUUUGUUCCAUUUUAUCAAAUUUUUGUCUUUUAUUUUAUAAUGAAGCAUACCCAUGUGUUUCUCUACUUCCUGGUAUCUGUCUGUGGUCUUAUGUAAAGUACUUUGAUCUUCCAUGUUGUUGAAAGAUGAUAGAAAAUAAAUCAGUCAUGAAUCAAUA